AGCGCUUCCGUCGCAGGCUCUGACGCGAGGCCCCGGGGCUCGAUGCGGCCGUGCCGCUGCCUCAGCGCCGCGCUGGGCUGGGGGCGGCCGCGGGGCCCCCCGGUACCGGCACAGCGCCAGGAGCGGGCGGGCGGCCACCGGGGGGCCGGGGGCUCCGCUCCCGCCGUCCUCGGCCCCGCCGGAGGAGCCGGGCUGUCGCAGGGCCCGGUGAGCCUGGAGGUGCUGCGGCACCUGGAGCGCCUGGCGCUGGUGGAUUUCCGCGACAGGGAGGGCGUGGAGAGGCUGCGGGGAGCCGUGCAGUUCGCCCAGCUGCUCCGCCAGGUCAACACGGAGGGCGUGGAGCCGAUGGAUUCGGUGCUAGAGGACAGGUCUCUGUACCUCAGAGAAGAUGACGUUACAGAAGGCAACUGCAGAAAGGAGCUGCUGAAUAAUGCCAGAGAGAAAGUAGAGGAAUAUUUUGUAGCCCCACCAGGUAACAUCCCUUUACCAAAGCUAGAAGAACAGGAGACUUUUCUACAGGGCUAUCAGUGAAAGAACUCGUGUCAUUUCUGUAUUUUAUUGGGAAAUCUAAGGUUUGUGCAGUCAAAAAUGAAAUACCCUCACAUGUAUUUUGAUAUAAAGAAAAGCAACCACACUGCUAAACUUCUUACAACAUUCUUCUGCUGUAAAUUGUCUUGCUGUUGAAAUACUCACUGUUUGUGAAGCUGGAAGGCAACAUGAGAGACAAUCUUGGUGCUUGUGUUUAGCAAAGUGUAUUUGGUGUUGUUCUUUAAGAUACCAAAUGGCUUGAAGUCUUUAGAGAGAACAAUAAAAGCUGAUGAUUAAAAAAAAAACAAAACAAAACAAAACAACAACCAUUAUUUUUUCUUGAACUAGUUUGUCAGUAAAACAAAAGAAGUUGGAAUAUAUACAAUGGGAUAUAUAUAAAUAAAUAAAUAAAUAAAUAUCGCCUUUAGCUUAACUCUGGCUCUGGUAGAGUCAGAAGUAACAAAGCCUGGUAUGGCAGAGGAGUCCAUAACAUUGUUCAGCAUCUCUGUGAAGUACAAACAGAACUCCGAUUUUCAUUACAGAAGAAAGAGGACUUUGAGGAGAUGAUUGACUCCAAUGUUUUGCUUGCACUGAAUAUUUCCUUUUUUGUAUCCCUGUGCGCCAUGUCUGUAUGGGUUACCUUCUAGUUCCCACCUUGUAUUUUUAUUCUCACAAAUUAAAUACAUAGAUUUGUACAAAA